GAAGCAGUUCGCUUCGUGUUCCGCAUAAUCUGGUGGCCUGCAGUGAGGCACAGCUGGUGCCGGGAUCCCGUCAUAGGGGCUCAUUUCAAAUUUGGGGGCCGCUUGGUAUAGGCUUGAUCCUACGCUAAUACUGGUGGACGACUCAUCAGAGAUUGCCGCCUUAUGUCCUUUCCUCUUCUUCUUAAGCUUGAUCAGGAAUAGACCAUACUUGUAUCCAUUUUAACUGCCUCUCUCACUCGUUUCCGUCUUCAAUAUGCCUGGAAUUCGCCUAUACUCUGUCCUCGCUCUUGCCCUCGCAGCGCAAGGGGCAGUUGCGAGAACGAACUACGACGGCUGCACGUCUUUCACAAGCACCGUGACUGUACACACUGAGAUUGGCUAUGGGAACACCUACGAGACCGUGAUCUGGUACGUCUCAGACUCUCUGGAGAUCUGCCAAGGCGUCGACUGCGGCGGCGGCCGUGCCCCCCCGAGGACCGUCCCGGGCUGCCCAGCCUAUACCGGAACCGAGACCGUCACUGCGAGAUUCCUCACGGCCGACCCACAGGCACCACACACGCAGAUCACUGUAGCCCCGUCCACCAGCACCACUCUAGAAGUCACCGUCACCGAGCCGGCAACCUCCAGCAGCCAGAGCGGCUCGCCGACCGGGUCCGCCUCCGCCAGCGGCUCGUCGCCGUCGUCCCCCACUCCCCCGACCCAGCCCCAGGAAUCGGGAACUGGACCGGCGGAAACGACUACCGGCAGCAGCCCUGCGAGCAGCCCCUCCAGCACCGCUGACUCGGCUGCGGCAACAAAGCCUGCGAACCUGGCUCUCGGAGUUGUUGCCGCCGCCUUGGCUUUCCUGUGAUCGAGAAGGGU